CCUUCCUCUUAUACCCACACCCUGGAUGCAGGCAGGCGUGCACACACCGGCAGAUUGACUCAGCUUCCGCAUCGCGCUCCCUUCUCCAUCUCCGUGUCUUUAUCCCUCCCUGCUCUCUCCGCCGGUGGAUCUUUAGCCCACUGCUUUGUGGAACACCGCCAAAAUGUCCGACAAGCCCGACAUGACUGAGAUCGCCCGUUUCGACAAGGCCAAGCUGAAGAAGACGGAGACGAAAGAGAAAAACCCUCUGCCCACCAAAGAGACCAUUGAGCAAGAGAGGAAAGGCGAUGCCACACCUUGACUUCUGAGCACACCAA